CAACAUUAACUAAUCUUUCUCUUUCAAUCUCAAAAGCCAUUAUGAGUACUAUUCUAACAGAUCCUCUUAUUACUGGAAGAGUGAUUGGAGAUGUAGUUGAUUAUUUCACUACAACUAUGAAAAUGUCAGUCACUUACAACACUAAGCAAGUUUACAAUGGUCAUGAAUUUUUUCCUUCUUCAGUUACCACUAAACCUAAGGUUCAGAUUCAUGGUGGAGACUUUAGAACCUUCUUCACUUUGGUCAUGAUAGAUCCAGAUGUACCUGGCCCUAGUGAUCCGUACUUGAAGGAACACUUACACUGGAUAGUCACAGAUAUACCGGGCACAACGGAUGCUACAUUUGGGAAAGAAGUGAUGAAAUAUGAAAUGCCACGUCCUAACAUAGGAAUCCAUAGGUUUGUGUUCCUUCUUUACAAACAAAAGCGCAGACAAACAGUGAUGAAAAUACCAACAUCAAGAGAUCUCUUUAACACAAACAAAUUUUCAGAAGACAAUGACCUCGGGCCUCCUGUGGCUGCUGUUUUUUUCAAUGCUCAAAGAGAAACAGCUGCCAGAAGACGUUGAAAAAAAUAGAAAAUGUAUGGCAAUAAAUCUGAUGAUAAAAUAAAGGCUUAAUUGCAUGUUAGUUGUUUAUUUUAAAUUUUAAUUUGGUCCUUUAUG